CGAGCGGACACAUUUUGCAUCUAUUUCAAUCAAUACGAAAAAGAAUACGCCGAAACCUUUACGUUUGGAACUGUCUUCUCUAUCCUGGAGGCUUCUGUUUGGAAGUAUUGCGACUGUGACAGCAUCGACUUUGGUCAAAUACGAGUUGGGAUGCCCGCAUCGAUACGAGCUUAUGUGCUACUCGUUUAUCCGGGCUGUGCGACUCGUGACGAUGGGAUGACGAUUAAUGACGAUCAUAUAUCACAUGAUGCUACACACAGAACUAUAUAAGAAGAUGGACAAACAAAAGUUAUUGAAACAAUUGGCACGUUCACAUCUCCCACAGCAAAUCAAUUCAAAAGUCCAUCACAGCAAUCUUUACAGACGUUUCAAUUACAACAUGCAUUCCACAAUCACCUUUCCUGCCCUGGCUCUUGCUCUCUCAAGCAAUGUCUUCGCUGCACCUCUCCUCCAAGUCCGCCAAAAUACCCUCACCACUGCUGAUACUGUCCAAUUCGUUGCAAAAACUAUAGGCUCAAAUCCUAAUGCAACCACCUUCCCAGAUAUCAACAACUGGCUCUUUCAGCCUGUACACUCCGGUGCUGGCACGAACCUAGCGACUCUAGUCGACCCAAGUACAGCCUCCUUCAACCUAUCAGCACCCGGUUAUUUCCAGAACGGGACAGACGCCCCUCAUUCUACCGGUGGAUACAUGGUCGCUGGUUUCAUCGAUAGCACGGCACCAUACUCUCUUGUUCUUGACGUAGCACAUGAGGCCAAUUCCUCCAACCCUGGAGCAGAACUUGGCUAUGUGGAAAUGAAUAUCGGUCUCGGAACCGAUGGCCUGAAUGUGCCUGACGGUCAACUCAUCACAAGCGAAUACGUCACUGAUACAUUUUACGCAUGUCCAAACGUUCCCGUAGAGGGCGGGUCUGUUAUUGCGAUCGAGGUCAUCGACAGAUAUGCAACACCACCGGAGGGUUGUUGGAGCAUUGAGCUCUAUGCUCAAUGUGCGGGCCCUAUUACGGACUCAGAUAGAGUUGCUUUCCCCGCGUUUGUACAAAGCAGCUGUUAUGCGAAUGCUACUUCAGCUGUUGUGCAGUGAUCGGUGGUCGAAAAGUCGGAUCGGAUCUCAUUAGUAAAGGAAAAAAGACAAGUCAAUGUAAUUGAUAAUUUGAAUACUUUAUAGCUAUGAAAGUGAAUGAACAGACAAGUGCGGAUUGAAAGUUAGCUUUUCACCUCCCAAGCAGAUAGGAAUAUUCAAUAAAUUAAAACGAAGAGCAAGGAGAAAGGGAAAUGGAUACACGUAGCCCUUUCUCUUGCGCAAUCAAAAGUGGCGAGGUCAAUUCCCAAGUAAAUGAAAGAUAUGAGGAGUUUAAGAUUCCUAGGUGUACCUCACAGAACCACAGCUACUAUUAUCUUUCAUUCAUCUUUAUACAUUUCAAAGGUCA